CCUGUUCAAUCUUGUCCAUCUUGUAAUAAUGGUGGACAAACCGGGAUGUGGACAUACAUGACAUGUAUCCCAGGCGCCCCUGGGGCACCUGGUCGAGAUGGAGCCAAAGGAGACCUGGGCAGCCCGGGGAAAACUGGGACCCAGGGACCACGUGGUGCUGACGGAAAGAAAGGAGCAAAGGGAGAGCCUGGGAUCCAGGGUUCCGCGGGACAAAAAGGAGAGCGAGGGGACAAAGGCGACAGUGGAACGCCACGACUGCCUUCACAUUUGAACUGGAAGGAGUGCGCUUGGAAAAAGGGAUACAACACAGAUUCAGGAUUGAUAUAUGUAAGUGCGGAUCGUCACUUUUUUAACUGAGGUAAAUAAUACUCUGUCAGCUCAAAGCAAGUAAUUUUCACUAAAACGAUUGAUUGCCAAAAUGCUUUGGUCCGGUCAGCGAAAAUUAUUUGAAGCUACGUAGUAUUAGUUUUGUGUUAAAGUGGGGCCAUUUUUAGUUUUACUAUACUGUGCCUUUCUCUAUUCCUAAUUUCUUUGCUAACCUUAUGUACUUUUAUUUUUUUUUGCCAAAACACCUCGUAUUAUUAAAUUAGUCUAAAUAUAUACAACUGAUGUAAUAUCUUUUAAAUAAAAAUACAAUACAAAACGGAAGCUGUUUCUUUGUAUCUCGUUUAGAACUGUGACUUUGUGAAGAAAUACCCGGACACUUCCCUCCAUGUCUACUAUGCUGGUAACCUCAGGAUCUACAACUGUAACAGCUGCUGUAGUCGCUGGUAUUUCACCUUUAAUGGAGCCGAGUGCAGCUCUCCUGGAACUAUUGACGGUGCAUUCUACAUGCUAACAGGCAGAAACCACGAUCUUCACCGUCACCGCCACAUUGAAGGUCACUGCAACAACAUUCAGAAAGGAAAGGUGCGAGUGGGAUUCUCGGUUGGAAAAUGCGUCACAGGACAUAAGCUUGCUGACGCCUGGACUGGUUGGCACUCGAUGAAUCGUAUCUUCAUUGAAGAAGUACCGAAAGCUCAGCAGUAA